AUGUCGACUGCACUGUCUGUGGACGCUCUUCUUGAUUCAGUUCUUCCACCAACCGUCCCCAGUCUUACAAAUGUCCGGGCUCUCGUACAGCAACUAUCUUCAUAUUCACCAUUACCACCAAUUACGCGAUUCUAUCCCGCUCUAGCGGUUCUUUGUGAGCACGAUGGACCUACUACAUUGCAAAUGGCUGGAUUCGACAUCCUCGCGGCGUAUUUCGAGCAUACCGAAGCAAACAUACUCCCGAUUGGAACGAGUGACAGGGUGGUCUGCAUGAACUUCUUUUUGGGAGAUGGAAAGUGGAAUCGGGAGCUGUGGGAGCCUAAGUUCAAGGCCCUCCGAGCAUUCACUCGAUGGGGAAGUGAAAUGGUCGGGAUUGAAGAGGAUGUUGUGAAACUAUUGAAGGAUUGGAUUUCAGAUGCAUUCUCCGGAUUCGAUCACGAUGAUCAUCACGAUAAUAACGCGGAACGAGAGCGCAGUAUCAAGAUUCUGGCUGAAUUCCUCAAUGCCGUGGUUACUAACCCCUCAGUUCUUGCCCGUUCGGCACAGCUGGAAGAGACAGGAGGUGCUCUGGACUUGUAUGGAGGACUAAUAGACUCUAGGUCGAGCACAGGAAAUCCAGUUCUGGCGUUUGAACUGUAUCUAUCGCAUCUACACUCUCAACUCACCACUUUGCGGCCGCAACAUCUACAGACAAUUCUUCCUCUCCUCUUCCGUGCGUUAGCACGAUGUGCUACCCCCCUUCCACGACUCACUGUUACCACUGCCAACUCUAGCAGCGGCAGUGGAAUCAAUCACGAACGACGAAUCACGGAUAUGUUACAGAGUCUAUUCACAGGUCCCUACCCGUCAACAUGCACACAAAUUCUUGUGAAAUGUCUUUCCCCUUCACUCGCUUCUUCCGAAACACCCGUAGGGGCACUCCGUGCACUUCGAAGCCUUAUCAGGCGCUCUUUGUCUACCCGUCUUGCCCGGGUCUACAUUUCCAGCCAAAGUACUGCAUCAUACACUUAUACUGGUGCACCCAGCCACAUGGCCGACAUACAUAGAGAUAUUAUGGAACGAGCGUGGUCAACAUCUGCUUCUAUAUCCUCUAUAUCACCGUCGACUAUUUCCUUAUCGACAUCCACUGGCGGGGCAGGGUGGGAUCCUGCGAGGUGGGCCAGGCCUCUGAAGGAGUGCGCAAAGAGUUGGGUGGAACUUGGCUCCCAGCAUCUUGGUGUAAGUGAUGCAUCGGAAGCACAGACAGAGUCGCGGGAACGAGUUCUGGAAGAGCUGGCUGGAAUUGUAAAGGAUGUCUUACAAGAGCUGGACCUGAGGGAGGAGUAUGAAGAGACCCCUGCAUCCUCCACUUCGUCGCCUUACUUUAAAAAGGACCUCCUGGAUCAGGAUGAAGCGUUGGCCGUAGGUGGACUAUUAUUCGAGCUAUCCCGCUAUCUUGAUACUAUUGAAUCCCCAACGCCCUUAGUGCUUCCUUUAACCUCCCCUUCAUCUGCACCCACAUCAUUCCUGAAAAAUCUGUCCGCUUUGCUCGCGAGAGAUUUCCCCUUAUCUUAUUCCCCACCGACCUCUUCGAGCCCAAGUCGACGUCCUUCUUCCUCCCAUCCGUCUACGCCAGUAAUUCAUACCCAUUCUCACAACAUGGCGGCAAACCCAUCGACAACGACCCCUUUAAACCCCCCUUUGACUACUAUAUUAUUGAAUUUGGCUGCCUCUCAGCAUCUAUCUGACAACGACAUUGCUCGACUUGUCACACUCAUGAAAGCCCAAGGGGAGUUGGACGGCAUAGAACGCUGGCCCUCGGUACUCUCUUUAUUCUCCACGGCUUCUAUAUCAAGAAAUCUCCCUCGCACAAAACGAACAGCAAUGCAAGCGCUAAAAGAGGGCUAUGACAGCGUAAAGGAUAUGCCAUUGUACAGGCGCCGAUUUGGCAGUCUAGUCCUGAAAUUUUUGUCAGGAGAUACUCUCCUACCCUCCUCCGAACACGACACAAAAGGGUUUAACCAAGGAAGAGCCGGCAAAGGCCUCGAAACCGAAACAACACUCUGGAAAAUUAUUGGUGAAGAAGUGGUAUUAAGAUGUGCUGAAACAGAAGGACGCGAUGUUCCCGGUUUAGAUAUCGAUGAAGGAGAAAUUAUUGAGGAAGAUACGAAACUUGAAUCUUUCUUGGACGUUCUGAUUGAUGCUGCAUCCAAACCAACCAUUGGAGGUGAAGAGGAUCCAGUGAUCGAGAAAGACGACGAGGAGCAGCUCAAGAACGUAGAUAGCAAUGUGGUCACCCCUACGCCUGCCACAGUCUCUCUGAGCCGUGUACAGAGUCGUCAACACGGACAUCAGGAAAACCCCGAGCCGCUACCGCCGCCGCCACUUACAGCACCUUCACAGUUACCGAGCGUCAUCUCUCUUUUAUCGUCACUUUCCGGUACUGGGGAAUCGACUCUCAGCGGAGGCCUGAGAAGAAAUCGAUCAGCGUCGACUAGUAUGUCAGCUGUGUCAAUAAGAGGUGUAGCGGUCGACCCGCCCGGUGAACAUAGCCCCCUACCAAAACUCCCGUCGAAUCCAAUCGAUCAAGAGCGCAAACAAGAGCCGUCAGAAUUCACCUCCCCAACGAACUUGGCAGCGGUAAAAACUCUUAUCGGGAUUUUCAUCAAAGUCGGAUUCACGCCCGGCUACGGAUAUUACGACUCAAGGAUCGCAGAAGAUGCUCGCCGAUCGUCCAUUCUUAUCACGAUUAAAACGUUAUAUGCGAUUCAUUCUGGCCUCCUCUCUAUGCUCAAUCCCUCUUCGAGUCAGACCAGCACCCGAGUGCGAUUGGCGAUUCUGCAAUUCUAUGUCCGCCUUCGUGCAGAUCGGGACCACCGUUUGUACUUAUCUUCCGAUCCAGAUAAAGAUGGGAAUGGACAAAUCCGGGUAUUGUCUAACCUGAUUGGGAGGGUCGGUAUUGAUCUGAACGCUUCCGGUCAUUCAAUACCUCCAGAUCCCAAUCGACCUAGGGAGGAUACUACAAGCGGGGCUACUGAAGACGAUCGGGAGGUUGACGCUUCCUGGAACUACUCUGGUGUCGAGAAUGCGAACUCAGGACAAGGAGAGGCAGACGCAGUAUCAGAACUGAGGAGGGCCAGAGCACGAGAUGCCGUAAGGGAGAGACGUGGGAGCAGAUGGGGAAGUUCUGCUAGUGGUAGCGGCAGUGGUGGACGCCGGAUAAGUGAUUCCACGAGCAGAAGUCCUAGUCGAAGUCGACUCCGGCGUGCGACUACAGCAACGGCCAACCUUGGGAUCGGUCGGGAGUCGCGCGAGACGACGAGAGAGUGGAAGGAACGUCCCUCUUCUCAAACAAAUAGAAAACAUGGGAAGGGAAAGGGAAAAGAGGAGGAAUCGCAUAUCCUGCUAUGGAGCUAUCCAGAGAAGUUGGAUUUCCUCGAGGGUGCGAGGGGGUUGAGUGGAUUGUUGAGGACAUAUGACUUUAUUUUCACUCCUUCCGAACAAACCGUCCCAGUGUUUCCCAUUUCGAGUUAUCUGGCCACGGUCCUCGAGAUGCUAUCAAUUUACACCCCGACCAAUCCCUCGGAGCAUUCUGCAACUGAUGCUCCACAACGGUCCAACUGGGAACUACUUUCCUACCUUCUAGUUCAUCUACCCUCGCAGCUAUCGAACAAACACUUGUUCUGCGGCCCUCUAUCUCGCCAAAUACUCUCCAAGGUACUGACCUGUCUAUGCACAGGUAUCUCGAGUGGGCAGCUUGGUAUGGCUGAAUUGCAACCUUCAUCCCCCGAACCAUCUUUCUUUCCCACCACGCUCAAAGUUCGCGAUGCUCACAGCUUGGCAUAUAGUACCCUAUCUGUGUUAAUAUCGUACCGCUCGUGUUUUGAGCUCAAACAUCGACAUUUACUAGUUGAAACCCUCUUGGGAGGCUUGUCGAGUACAAAACCACACACCAUCACAUCUUGCCUCCACGCCUUGAGCCUCUGUGCAUACGAGCUCCAGUCCUCGUUGACCAAGUUUCUCAAAGACAUAUUGGAAAAACUCAGCCAGAUCAUGUCCACCGGCGAACUUGGUGGUGCGGGAAUAGCAGUACAUGUCUUAGCGUUUCUGAGUAUCGUCGGCGGUAACGGAGAGAAACUCACAGGGAAUUUUACGGAAAGCGAGUUUAAGUUAGUUUUUGGAGUUGCGUUGAAAUACCUACAAGGACAUAAUCGCAUGUUGCGGUCCCGAAGAUCUGAUGAGAAUUCGGGAAUUAACGAUUCCGAUUCAAAAACCAGAUCUCAAGUCAGCGUUUCAUGGGCUCUCUCGCAACACGUACGAAUUCUAUCUUAUCACCUUGUCUACACAUGGUUUCUCGCACUACGGCUCCCCGAUCGUCCAAAACACGUUCGAUACAUCACGCACCAAUUACUGCUAGCCAAUGAGGGGAACAACGAAGUGGAUGAUCCUACAGAAGUAGCAUUUGACUGGCUGGCUAGGUAUUCGUUCGCCAGCGCAGAUCCUCGGCCUGCUGGCAGCUCUGUACUUGGACAAGUGAUUAUGGGGAGUACUAACGUACGGAAUGAAAAUGCGGUUGGAACUGGAAAUCCGAGCGGGAAUCACUCUGAUACGCCAUCUUCCUCAUCAAAAACCUGGUUACAAGGAAGCUCCGUCAUUACCAUCCGCACAUUACCCAAAAGUGGUUGGGUGGAGGUCCUUUGCCGACGACCAUCCGGAUACACAAAAUUCCUGGCGAGAGUUGAAAACGUCCCGAUGGUUGGGAUUGGUGAAGUCAAUCCAAGUUGGGUUGACGUACCAGCUGCAGUGUUGAUGGACAAGGAUAUAGGAGAACGGAAGGCUGGUAGGCCAGAUGUGGGUUAUGAGGAGGACGGAAGAUCGCAUGAAGAUAUUGCUUCUGUCAUGCCAAAGCCAUCUCGAGAGGAAGAGGACUUGUUGCGCCCCGAUCCCAUUACAGGCUACAUUUGGAGUAAAACAGCGCCUUCUCAACGCCGUAAAGACGUCUCCGUCGAUCCGGCGUUCCUUGCUCUCCAGCUUUCUCCUUAUCCUGUUCAACUCGCUUCAGGCAACAUACGAAUGCUUGUAGAACCUUCCCUCGCCUCACGUUUCUGCAAUGGCAUUGACCGCAUUCCUGUCAUUGACACACACAAAGUGGGGAUCUUGUACGUCGCGCCAGGUCAAACAACGGAAGUGGAAAUCCUCCGAAAUUCUCAUGGCUCCCCGGCCUAUACGAGAUUCCUGGAAGGCAUUGGCAGGCUCAUAAAUCUGAGAGGUCAGAUUGACGUAUAUGCCGGUGGAUUGAACCCAGACGAAGAUGGGGAACACGCCUAUGCAUGGUGGGACGACAUCUACCAAAUCUUAUACCACACCGCCACCCUCAUGCCUACCCAUGCACACGAUGAACAGUGCGUAUUCAAAAAACGGCAUAUCGGCAACGAUUUUGUUCGGAUCGUCUGGAACGAUUCAGGACUUUCAUAUCGUUUUGAUACCCUGCAAACACAAUUCCAGUUUGUGAACAUCGUCAUCGAACCGCAUUCUUUAGGAGCCAUAGCGGCGUUUUCUAAUAAUCUACACGAGAACGAAUACUUCAAAGUUACUGUGCAACGGGCGGAAGGAAUGAUGGAGUUUACACCAGUUGGGGAGUUUAAGUUGAUCAGCGCGGAGAACUUGGCGGGAUUGGUUCGUCAGUUGAGUUUGUUGAGUGACUGGUUUGCGUUUGUAUUCUCGAAGACGGAGAGGGAUACUGUUCAAGAGGAAGUUCGAACAAAUUGGGCCGAAAGACUUGGGGCAAUACAGAGGUUGCGUAAACAGAUGGAGAAUAAGGCGGCAGAAGGAAAUGAUGUUGCAACUGCUCCUGAUGCUGGCAACGAUCCCAGAACAAGCAACGGAGAUCUCCAGCAUCACAUUUUAGCACAGGAGAGUUUCAGGGAUUUUACGACCGCGUUUUGA